AUGGUGUUUGUUAAAAUUAAAAACAAGUGGAGUGAACUUGAUAGUGGUGGUAAUUAUGACACUUUUGAAAAUUGUAUUAAUGAUAGCUUUAUUAAUUGUUUGGAGGGGAAAAGAAGUAAUAAUAAAAGUAACGUUAUUUAUGCAGAAAAUUCAUUCAAAAAAAUACAAAAUUAUUCCAAUUAUUCUUUAUAUUAUUUUGAAUGUUUAUACGAGGGAGAAUUAAAUAAUUAUGGAAAAUAUAUAAGUAUUGGGCUUGAAAAUUGUAGAACAAAAGAUUGGAUUGAAUUUUAUGCAGAAAGUGCUGGGGAAGAUGGGGAAUUUAAACUUUCAAUACCUACCUGGAAAAAUGGAGAUAUUUUUGGUUGUGGAUUAGUUUAUCCUCCAACUAAUAAAUUAAAUGAAUACCCUUAUAUUUUCUUUACAAAAAAUGGAAAAUAUAUUCGUAAAUAUUUAAUUUGA